AUGGCUCCACAGACUGGCUCCACCGAAAAGGAGACGCGACCAGUUUCAGCCUUUCUACAGCUUUUCACUUGGGAAGAGAUCAGAAUCCACAAUGGCCAUGGCCAAGGCCGAGAGCAGUGGCUGGUGAUUGACAGGAAGGUUUACGACAUCACCACAUUUUCCAAAAAACACCCUGGAGGCAGCCGAGUUAUUAGCCACUAUGCUGGGCAAGAUGCUACGGAUGCCUUUGUAGCAUUUCACAAUGAUAAGUCUUUGGUGAAAAAAUACUUGAAAUCUCUGCUGAUUGGGGAGUUGGCACCAGAUCAACCCAGCUUUGAGUCUAAUAAAAAAAAAUCACUUUUGGAGGAUUUUCGUGAUCUGCGCUACACUAUUGAGAAGAUGGGACUUCUGAGGCCAAAUUAUAUUUUUUUCUUCUUGAUUUUCCUUCACCUUCUGGUACUGGAUGCUGCAUCCUGGCUUGUGGUCUGGUACUUCGGGAUAUCCUUAGUGCCUUUCCUGGUUGGCAUGGCGUUCUUCACCAUUGCUCAGAUCCAGAUGGGCUGGUUUCAACAUGAUCUGGGGCACUGCUCUGUCUUCAGGAAGCCUAAAUGGAAUCGACUUCUGCAGAUUGUUGUGAUAAAUGUUCUGAAGGGGUUAUCCGCCAGCUGGUGGAAUCACCUGCACAACCAGCACCAUGCCAAACCCAACUGCUUCCGCAAAGACCCUGACCUCAACAUGCAUCCUCUCCUGUUCAGCCUGGGAAAGACACUCUCUGUGGAGCUUGGGAAAAAGAAGAAGAAGUUCAUGCCUUACAAUUAUCAGCAUAAGUAUUUCAUCGUAUUGGCCCCACUUGCACUUGUACCCUUCUUCCAGCUGUCUAUAAUCUACUUUGCAAUCAAGAGGAAAAAGUGGUUGGACCUCAUAUUGAUUGUGUCUUUCAACAUCCGAGUCUGUCUCAUGUAUAUUCCUUUAAUGGGAUUUAACAAUUUCAUGGUGUACUACUGGCUGUCCAGGUACCUAGAGAGCACCUGGUUUAUUUGGGUCUCACAGAUGAAUCACAUUCCCAUGGACAUUGAUUACGAUAAGAACAAAGACUGGGUCUCUACUCAGAUCCAUGCAACAUGCAAUGUGAAGCAAUCUUUGUUCAAUGACUGGUUCACUGGGCACUUGAACUUCCAAAUUGAGCACCACCUUUUCCCCACAAUGCCUCGACACAACUACUGGAAAGCUGCUCCUCUGGUGAAAGCCCUUUGUGAUAAGCACGGCAUUGAGUAUAAAAGCAAGACUUUGCUGACAGCCUUUUUAGACAUUUUGCAUUCACUGAAGGAUUCUGGGGAGCACUGGCUUGAAGCAUAUCUGCAUGGAUAG